UCCGAUAGAGAGCCGCUCGCACGGCCGGCCGAAGGGGUGUCGAUGCCAUUCCGCAUCCGCAAAGCCUCGCGGCCUCGCGGACGUUCCGCGGGGAAGGACGGGCGAGCCCGCCAGAGGCCAUGCAGUCUGGCCAACACGCGGCAUCGAAGUUCUCACAACUCAUUUCCUGGCACCGAUUUCAAAAAGAUCAAACAACCUAUCAAUCUCAUUUAGGUUUAUUAUCAAUAGAUAGCCUUCGCGUCCUCCCAUUCAAGUUGCGCCUCAUCGUAGUUUCCUUUUUGCAAAGCGACAGUUUGACACCCUGAAACUACAAUGUCAGCUGCUGUCGGCUGCUGUUGAGCCCUGUUGUUUACCUAGGUACCGUUUCUAACUCGGCAAUGGCUAGAAUUCGGGAGGUAUUGGUGUGAGGGUAGUUGAGGAAUUAGUGGGAGAUUCCUUCAGGUUUUACCGCGGCCAGCAUGGAGAAGAAUGACCUUAUUGUCAAAAGCCGCGUGGAGCAGCUUGAUGCUCUUGAAUUGGAUCGUGAAGUUUUGCAUGUUUUAAAGAGCCAGUUGUUAAGUGUCCUGAAAUUUCUACCUCUGUCAUGGCAGAACAAAUGGGAACCAGAGGUGGACACAAUCCUUCAAAUAAUAGUAUUACAUCUGUCCUUAAGAGGAGUUGGGGCAACAUUUGGUCAGCAGCUUUUAAACAUAGAAUUUUUUAAAUCACAAAGAAAGUCAGCAUUAUUAGCUGUUAGCAUUCCAAUCAUAUUGAAAUACAUUCAAACAAGAGCUUCCAGUGUAGCAUCAAGAACAGAGAGUAGCAAACUCAAGAAAAUCGUGGAUUUCUUAUCACAGUGGGGGGAAAUCUCUUUCACUGUUGGUAGUCUUUUAAAUCUUCUGUUAUUCCUUCACUCUGGUCACUACCCAAAUUUGCUUUACCGUGUUUUUGGCAUCCAAAUGGCUUAUGUCUCCCCUAAAAGCAGACAACGUCAAGCUGGGUACACUCACAUGACCCGAGAACUUAUCUGGCACAGUUUCAUUGAAUUGCUGGUAUUUGUUUUACCACUGAUUAAUUAUCACUAUCUGAAGCGCCAAGUACUGAGAGUUCUCAUGUUGGGAACCCGUGUAACAAAACCCAAACGAGGAAUCGAAAAGCGAAUCACAUUCACAAUCAAUUCAAAAUGUGCGGUCUGUUCUCAACGUCCAAUACUUCCUCAUCACAUGGAUUGUGAUCAUAUUUUUUGCUUCUUCUGCCUGCAGGCUAACAUUUUGGCAGAUCCACAAUUUCCAUGCCCUCAGUGUGGCCAGGUAGCAUCAGGAUUAUCAUCUGCAAAACGAGUAUGUCUGACAGCAAUGUGAAAGACAAAAGUCAUCUCAAUAUUUUUUUAUCUCUGCACAAGCCAUGUAUAUUUUUAAUAUUUGAAGUUCUAACAAAAAUCAAAUCAAAUCUGUGAUUUCAGGUAAUGAAAAAACUAUUAAAAAGUGUUUGAUGCAUUCAAA